AUGGCGCAAAUCUAUGGUCAAGCCCAUCUGGUUAUUGCCUGGCUUGGAAAGCCAGCAGAGGACACCAGGCUUGCGUUCCGAUUACUUGAGGUCUUUGCGGCUCUGUCAAGUGAGCCUGAUGGCGUCGUUGAAGGAUCGGAAGCUCAGCGUCACCUUCUUAUACUCGAGGAACUCGUUCAAGAGCUAUGUUUGGAUCAUCCAUUUCAAGUUUUCGCCGAUCUCACUAACGCAGCCUGGCGAGGUGCAUUCGCCUUGGUCGAACGACCAUGGUUUACCAGAUUAUGGGUGGUCCAAGAGGUUGCUUUGUCUUCCAAUCUCAGUAUCCGAUGCGGGAAAUUCGACACCUCUGGAGACGCCUUCUGCAGCGCCUUGCGAAUCAUCAGUAUGAUCGCGUUCUUUCCUCCCUCAUUGGAUGUGAUGAACGAUUUCAACCGUGUGCUUCAGCUGACCAACUUGAGACGUUCAAUCAUGGCGGGGAAUUCACAGAGCUUCCUUCACCUGGCACACAGGCUUAGUCGCUGGAACUGUACAGACGAUCGAGACAGACUCAAUGCACUUGUCAGCGUGGCUUUUAAGGGGAACCCCUUGCCGUGGUUUUCUCCCAACUACCGCACCGAUGUAGGCGGAGCCUACCAAAUUUUUGCCGAGUCAUACAUUUCUGCCACUGGGAACUUGGACAUCCUGCAUUUCGCGGGCGACAGCAGAACUGUCAUUGUCCGCACUGCUGAUGGACUUCAAAUCUAUAAUGUACCCUACAUGGACGACGAAUUGAGCGUGGCCGCCACGUGGAGCCCGGAUUGGAGGAUAAAAACAAGGCCGCUGCCGUUCCACUCGGAGAAUUCUGUCAACGAUAGUCUUGCUUUUUCCGCAACUCACUCUGCUGCAGACUUUCAACUUGAUUCGUCUCGACGGAUAUUGCGCGUCAGAGUUCUCCUUGUGGACGAAAUGAAGGUUGUUGGUCUGCCACUUCUACCGGACUUGCCUGCGAUCGAGGACUCAACAUUCAAAAUUGAAGGAAUUCUCAACAUUUGGUUUGCUCUGGCAAGAUCUGUCUGUGGUCGAGAUGCAGAAGGUGAUCAAGGUGAAGACUGGAUGCAUCGGUUUGCCAUGACACUUAUCGCCGACGGCAGAACAGCCGCUGCGCCCUCGCCAGGAAUGCCUCGAACACGGGCCCAACAAAUCGAACGCUUCAGAUGCUGGGCCAAGAGGCUUCUUCAUGUUUCGGACCAAGAGGAGGACUGUUCCGAAGACAGAUUACACCACUAUUUCAUCCCAAUUAGCGAGGGAAUUUCGGAUGCGUGCACUUAUGGGUACGAGGCGGUCGAGGUCUGCAAAUAUAGGAACUUUUUCGUCACCAAGAACGGAAGAUUCGGCCUGGGACCUGCUCAGACCAGACCUGGGUCACCGAUAUACCUGAUUCAUGGACUCAAGACACCAUUUGUUCUGGAAAAGGCAUCAGAGGAGACUUGUUACCAUCUACGCGGGGAAUGCUACGUCGACGGGCUCAUGUACGGGGCUAUUCGCGAGUCAGACAUGGAUACCAAUAUAGACCUGCUUUAG